AUGUACCAAUACUUCCAGCCAGUGCAGAUCUUCUCACAGCUUCAUCAACAGUACGACUUUAUCUGGCAAUUUGAGACGGAUGCCCGGUACACUGGACAUCUGUAUCAUUUUUUAGAGCAAGCAACGGCAUUCGCGAAACAACAAUUCCGUUUACACCCCUGGGAGCGCAACUCUUACUUCUACAUCCCCGCUGUCCAUGGUACAUGGGAUGAGUUCAAAAACACGGUAGAUCAUUGUAUGGUGAAUCUUCCGACCGUCUGGGGCCCAAUGCCAGUGGAGGGCCCAAAUGUCUCAAAGGAGGCACAUUUCCUAUCACCCAAACCAACAGCAGAGAUAGAAACAUGUACCUGGGGUCUUGGGGAGGAAGCAGAUGUGAUUACCUGGCUUCCACAGUUCAACCCGGCGAACACGGGCUGGCCGAUGCGUGAUGUGAUAUACGGGUUCACCGAAGGACAAGGCAUCCCACGUCGGUCUUCCCCGGUUGCCAUGUCUCGACUUUCAGCACGUGUGCUUCAUAUGAUGCACACUGAUCUUGCCGAAAAGGGCCUGGGUCUAGGUUCGGAGAUGUCCCCAACCUCAUGGGCUUUGUAUUAUGGUUUAAAGUCGGUUCAGAUUCCCCAGCCGGUUUACCAUGCGCAAGAAUGA